AUGGCCCUCAUCGAGACCUCCCUCAUCUGGGUCGCCUACGCCGUCUGCCUCGGCAUCCUGGCCCUCAUCGCUGGCAUCUUCGUCUUCAUCUACCAAGCCCCAUCCACCCGCUCCAUCGCCGUCACCACCAUCGUCUUCCUCACCACCUUCGCCCUCCUCGCCACCCUCCUCCUCAUCCCCGUCGACAUCGCCCUGACCAGCUCUACCACCAAUCGCAGACUCGGCGCCAAAAAGGACUGGGCCAAUCCCAAUGCCGUGGAUAAUAUCGUGUUUCAGCUGAAAUGCGUGUAUUAUGCUUUGUACAGUCUGGAUGCCGUGUUGUGUUUACUGGUGGUGCCGUUCACGUACUUUUGGUGUGAGGAGUAUGAUGAGGUUGCUGCGGAGGAGGGGACGCAGACGGUGGGGAGUCGGCUGUGGGGUGCCUUCAAGUAUACCAUUGCGUUUAUUGUGAUCGCGUUGUUGUUGUUCUUCGUGGGGUUCUUCGUGCCUGUUGUGAAGAAGGCGAGGAAGGAGCAUCCUGACUUGGACUACUUCAAGGAUCUCUUGACGGAGAAUCAUGGCGAGCGUGCUCUGACCUUCUCCAUCGGUGUCCUCAUGACCAUUGGCACAAUCUUGUACUGUCUCUACACAGCUCCAGGAUUGGCUCUCCUACCACUAGCCCUCAUCAAGACCGCCCCUCGCAUCUCCGCCCCACAACUAGCAGCCACCACCCACAGCCAACUAGAACAAAACCGGGAACGCCAGCGCCAACUCGAAGGCCGCAACGAAGGCCGCGAAGGUGGUCUCGAAGCCCGUGACCGCCGCGAGCUCGAGUCCCUCGUCCGCGAAGAACGCACCCUCCAACGCCGCUCCCGCCUCGCCUCGGAGCGCGAAGGCGAAGGCCGCAACUUCUUCAUCAAAGCCUACCUCAAGCUCGGCGCCAUCUUCCGCCCCAUCGCCCUCCUCGCCGGUCUACUCCUCGUAGUAAUCGCCCUCGCAAUCUUCGCCAGCAUGCUCAUAACCAGCAUCGACAAGAUCAAGAACAGCGUCUGCGGCACCUCAUGCGGCUACCUCUUGGCGCAUACCCAGAUCUUCCAGCCCGUGAACUGGAUCCUCACCCUCACAGCCCGCAUCUUCCCAAUCGACUACAUCCUCUGGCUGCUCCUCACCCUCCUCUUCUUCUCCGCCUCCGUGGUAGGCGUAGCCAGCAUCGGCAUCCGCUUCUUGUGGAUCACACUCUUCCGCAUCAAACCCGGAAAGACCACACCAAACGCAAUGCUCACCGCCACCGUGCUCCUAACCCUCAUCGUCCUCGCAUUAAACUACGCCAUGACCAUGAUUCUAGCCCCACAAUACGCAACCUUCGGCCCCCAGACCUUCUGUGAUCGCCCCUCACACCAUCCCGAUCAGCAGCCCAAUUGCACGGAACAUCACAGUGCUGUGAAACCUUGCACCGAAGCCGCAGACAACCCAGUCGCGCGCAUGGUCUGCACCCCCUCCGUCGUCUCCACCUUCCUGAACCGCAUCACGGUCAAUUUCCCCUACCUCGGCGUCGUAGAUUUCUGGGCCCAAUUCGCCUUUCUCGGGAUCUUCAUCGUGGUCUUCUUAGUCAUGUUAUUCCGCGUCCCCCAGCUGGAUGAGGAGGAAGUCGAUGAUGAUCUAAGGGAGCAGGAAGAGGAGGGGCUUCUCGCUUCGACCGGAAGACGGUUUGGGGCGACGUGGCAGGAUAUUACGGGCCAGGCUAAGGGGGUGAAGAGGGCGGAUUAUGGGGCUUUGGAUGGGGAGAGUGCGGCUGAUCGAGGGACGGCUGAUCAUGGGGAGGAAGGACCGGUGGGUCGGUGA